CCGGGCACCGGGCAUGGCUCGCUCCCAGCGCGCCGCUCCUCCCCAGACGCAGGCGCCGGCGCUGGCGGCGCUUCCUCGGCUGCGCCUCUGCUCGCUCUCCUGGGCUCGGCCGUGCGCGGCCGGGGAGCUGGGGGCCGCUGGGGCUCAGCGCCCCGCGCCCUCGCCCGCUGCCCUGCACUUGGCCCGAGUUGCGCGGCCCCCGCCGCCGCCGCCGCGGCUCCUGCGCCCCAGAGCCCGUCCCAUCCCGGUCGCGCCGCCGCCGCCUCAGCCAGCGCCAGCUGCCGGCCGCCUCUCGAUCCAGCGAGAGAGUAUCCUGACUGGUGGUCCUACUGGCUUGCACGUGCACCUGCAUGCGGGACCUGAGCUCUGUGGCCGCUGCGCUCACCGUCAGCUCCCUCGUGGCUGGAGCCUCUCCGAGAGGGACUCUGGUCUUUGCAACUCGCAAGUCCCAGAUUUGAAUAACCUCGACUUUCCAGAGUCUGGAACUGCACCGGGAGGGGACCGAGGCUGCAGAUCACCCCAGCGCUAGUAGAAUCACAUCUGUCCCGGCGACAGCAGCCAGCACUGCAGCGGACGGACAGCGCUGUUCUGACCAGGUACUGAACCAGUCCAGAUGAGAGGGUGGUUUUGUACAUCACAUUUCAUCAUUAUUAAGAAUUAGCCCUGUGGCAUUAGCACGCCAAGCUAUCAACUGCAGUCGUCCCACCAUCUGGAAGAGGCUCACGAUAACAGCACGGCGCCCAGAUGGAUGCUGUUAGGAGAGCUGUGAGCAGAGAUCAGCUGAGAGGGAGAGAGUGAGGGAAAGGCAGACAGACAGACAGAGUGAGAACCAGAAACAGAGAGACAGAGACAGACACAGACAGACAGGGGGACCUAGAGGCAAGGAGAGAGGAGAAGCUUCAGGAAACCCCGGGAGGCAGUUCCCAGAUGAGGCGCUGGCUGCACCCUCCCCCUCCCACGCACCGAGCCCAGCCCUGCAAAGGAAGGUGGACAUCUGCUAAGGGGUCAUAGGUGAACAG